AUGGCAUCUUCCGGAGGAUCUAAUGCUACUAAUGACGUGGAUAGAUCAUUGAGGCAUGGGUCAACCGAUGUUGGAUGGGACUUUGCGGUAUUGGCGGAUCCACACAACUUAGACAAGUUGAAGUGUAAGUUGUGUGGGAAAGUGGUUAGUGGUGGAAUACAUCGAAUGAAGCAACACAUUGCCAACAUCAAGGGAAAUGUUGCCUCAUGCAAUAAUUCUACGGAUGCCGAUAAAGCCAAAUGUAUAGCCGCAAUAGAGGGAGCAAAACUUAAGAGAAAGCAAAAGGAUAUGCAUGAGAAGGAAGUGAGGGAAGAAGUUGAAGUUACUCAUUCCCAUGAUGUAGAAGAUGUAGAAAUUGAAGGGCCAAGUUUGUCAAGAAAAAGGCCGCACUUUCUUGGGCCUAUGGACAAGUUUGCAUCUUCAAUCACUCCCGAUUCUUCAAUUGAUGGAAGCAAGAAGAUGCGUCAACAAAACAUUAAUGAUGCAAUUUGGAAGGAAAGAACACAUAGUGUGCAUCAAUGGUUGGCUAGGUGGGUGUAUGAAGCCGGCAUUCCAUUUCAUGCCAUUGAUAAUGAUAGCUUCAAAAGAUUUGUAGAAGCGGUUGGUCAAUUUGGCCCGGGUUACCGACCUCCAACUCAAUACCAACUAAGAGAGCCAUUGUUGAAGGAAGAGGUUGAGAGGACGAAAAAUUCACUCAAGAAGCAUGAAGAAGAGUGGGCAAAGAAUGGUUGUUCCAUUAUGACCGAUGCUUGGAGUGACCGAAAAAGAAGAAGUAUUAUGAACUUGUGUGUUAAUUGCAAGGAAGGCACUACUUUUCUUUCUUCAAGGGAAGAUUCGGAUCAAUCACACACCGGGGCCUAUAUCUUUGAAUAUGUUGACAAAUGCAUUGAAGAAGUUGGGGCACAAAAUGUUGUUCAAGUAGUGACGGAUAAUGCUACUAACAAUAUGGCGGCGGGGAAUUUGUUGAAGAUAAAGAGGCCAAAUAUAUUUUGGACUUCAUGUGCCACUCAUACAUUGAAUCUCAUGCUUCAAGGGAUUGGUAACCAACCAAAAUUCAAAGGAGUGAUUGAGAAGGCAAAGGCAUUCACUAUCUUUAUCUAUGCACAUCACAAGACAUUGGCUUUGAUGAGGAAGCAUACAAAGAAAAGAGACAUAGUGAGGCCGGGAGUCACUAGAUUUGCCACUUCCUUUCUAACUUUGCAAAGCUUGAUGGAGAAGAAGAGUGAAUUGAGGUGUGCUUCGCCUUGUGGAUGGGGAUAA